AUUGGAGAUGGGUGUUGUGUUUAUCGAUUGUAGGACCGGCGUGACAUAACUCGAGUUUAGCUUAAAAAUGUUGAAGGUCUCAACCCAAUUGGUGACCACUGUUCGCAGUCAAUUGCUACGUAUUGCUCCCAUUCAAAACGCGCGUGUUGGGUACCUGUCUUCACAGGCUAAAGAUGACGAUGGUUCCUCUUCUUCUGAUGACGAAAAGUCUAUUCAGAAAAAGUCAGGACCACAACCAGUAGAGACUGCAGCCCAGCGUCUAAACCGAUUGUUGGGUAGUAUGGCUACAGACCAAUAUCAAAUUUCUCCCUCGGAUUUUCCACAUCCGGGUGACGCAAGUCGUCAUCGACGUGAAGCGCUCAAACAAGAGGCAGCCUCAAAGGAUGUUCUGACAGCAGCAAAAAACAUUGCCAGUAUGUUGGGAACUAGCGAGAGUGAAAAAAGGCAAACCGAAUCGGAACUGUUGUCUAAAUUGCUAGGCAAAAGUACAGCCGAAACAGAGACAAACAAACAAAGCAAGGGGACUGAAGAUGCUGGUCACACGGAAAGUAUACCGAAUACAACGGAUAAAGAGCUUAAUUUAAGUGAAUUAAUUGUGGGCAUGAAAAUUGAUCGACGCCAGCAGCCACCAGGACCGGAGCAAACCCGUGGCGACUAUGUGCGUCGUACUUUGGCUUCACGAUCAAGGCCCAUGCAUUCUGAUCGUCCAGCUCGUCUUCCACAGCAAAGAAAACGCGAGGCUGAAUCCUUCACCGGCAGUGUCAAUCUUCAUGGCGGUGAGCCUUUAGGCAUAUUUAAGAAAGCAGCUACAAAGUCCUCCGCUCCAGACCUCCUUCAAACUUGGGAACACCUCAGUCAACAUGAAUUGAGCCUACAUGCUAGCCAUCCACCUGCUAAUCAUUUUGAGCAACUUGCUCAAUGGACGGAGCAAGGUAAAGUUUGGCGUUUCCCAAUCGACAACGAGCAAGAUAUGAUUGAGGAGAGCAUUGUGGAUUUUUCCGAGCAUAUAUUUUUGGAUCAGCAUUUAGAGCCGUGGUGUCCCAGUCGUGGACCCAUCCGCCAUUUUAUGGAGCUGGUGUGUGUAGGUCUCUCCAAGAAUCCGCAUGUCUCAGCUCAGGAGAAGAAAGAGCAUAUCCUUUGGUUCCGAGACUAUUUCGAGGCUAAAAAGGAUUUGCUUAGAGAUUUGAUCGAAGUAAAAAACACUAAGAGCCUAUCUGUUUAAGUUAAUUCUUGGAAAAUAUAUUUUAAAACCAAUAUA